AUGCUCGGCGAACACACACCCAGACCGGCCUACGGCGCCGCCAACCGCACUCACUCAGCGACCUUCGGCAGAGUGAACAGGUUCAAGGGACGUCUCCCCGCCCUCCCCGGCUCCGGCCUCCCGCGCAGCGCCGUCUCCAACCCCGCGACGCCCCCGCUCUCCCCCUCCUCCCUCCGGAGCACCUUCCGCCAGCGCUUGUCCCACAUCUCCCAGCGCCCAAUCGCCGCAUACGACGAGCCGCUCCUCGUCAAGCCCAAGACCCCGCAGGACGCCGCCGACGGUCUGGGGAGCGACAACGACGGCGACGUCCACGCGCGCACGAACGGUAUUCGCGUCUGGUACUCCUCCUUCACCUCCAUCGACUGGCUGCACGAUGCCGUCAAGGACUCGGUCCGCUUCUCCCGCCUCCGCCGCGGCAAGUCGCUCCGCUCGCGCCUCAGGCUGCUGUUCGACAAGAGUCUGGGCUGGAUCAUUGUCACUAUUGUGGGUUUCUUGACCGCCGUCGUCGCGUUCCUCGUCGUGCGCAGCGAGCAGUGGCUCUUCCACAUCAAGGACGGGUAUUGUUCGACGGGCUGGUACAAGGCCCAGCGCUUCUGCUGUGGCGUUGUCGACGACUCUAUGCGGCUCAGCGGGGGGACGUGCUCCGACUGGCGGACGUGGUCCCAGGUGUUCGAGCACAUCAAGAACAGGGCGCCGACGCGCGGGGACGAGACGGACUUUACAGAGUACAUCGCGUACACCGUCAUCGCGCUCCUCUGGGCGACAAUAUCCACAGUCCUUACGAUCUAUCUCACUUCAUCUACUUCGUUUAUCACGCGCAAGGAAUCUGGCGUCCUCGGACCCCAGUUCGACAGCAACGGAAAGGCCACCUCUAGUACCGCUCUACAGCCCAAGUGGAAGGUCAUGUACUACGCCGCGGGGAGUGGGAUACCGGAGAUCAAGACGAUCCUCGGAGGCUUCGUCAUCCACGGAUACCUUGGGUGGAGAACGCUCUUCACAAAAUCCGUCGGGCUUUCUCUCUCUGUCGCAUCGGGGCUCUCGCUCGGCAAGGAAGGCCCGUUCGUGCACAUCGCGAGCUGCAUCGGAAAUAUCGUCAGCCGGAUCACGCGCAAGUACGAGAACAACGAAGCGAAGCGGCGCGAGAUUCUGAGCGCGGCGUGUGCUGCGGGCGUGGCCGUCGCGUUCGGUGCGCCCAUCGGGGGCACGCUGUUCAGUCUGGAGGAGGUGUCGUACUUUUUUCCUCCGAAGGUCAUGUGGAGGAGCUUUUUCUGUGCGAUGAUCGCCGCUAUCACCCUCAAGUUCCUUGAUCCGUUUGGGACUGGGAAGCUGGUGCUCUUCCAAGUGACUUACGAUAAGGACUGGCACGCGUACGAGCUGAUCUUUUUUGUUAUUCUCGGUGCCAUCGGAGGCAUCUAUGGUGCCUAUUUCUCCAAGCUCAAUUACCGCUGGAGCCGCGACGUCAGGAACAAGACCUGGAUGAAGACCCACCCGAUCGCGGAGGUCGUCCUCAUCACACUCGUGACGACGUUCUUCUGCUUCCUGAACCCAUACACCCGCAUGGGCGGCACCGAGCUCGUCUACGAGCUCUUCUCCGAAUGCCGCACCGGCUCCGCCGGCUCCCACUCGGGCCUGUGCGUGCUCGACCCGGGCAGCGCGGCGCACGUGUGGCCGAUCGUGCGCGCGAUCCUCGUCGCGAUGCUCGUCAAGGGCGUGCUCACGAUCGUGACGUUUGGGAUCAAGCUCCCCGCGGGGAUAUUUAUUCCGACGCUGGGUGUGGGCGCGUGCGCGGGAAGGAUUCUGGGGAUCGGGGUGCAGUGGGCGCAGUGGCGGUAUCCGACGAGUUCGGUGUUUGCGGUGUGUAGAGGGGAUAUGGAUUGUGUGAUUCCGGGGUUGUAUGCGAUGGUUGGUGCGGCUGCGGCGUUGUCUGGUGUUACGAGGACGACGGUUUCGCUUGCUGUUAUCAUGUUUGAGCUCACUGAUACGCUCACGUACGCUGUGCCUGUUAUGCUUGCUGUUCUUGUCGCCAAGACCGUGGCUGAUGCGCUCGAGCCCAAGGGUAUCUACGAUCUCGUCAUCGAUCUCCAGCAGCUCCCCUACCUCGAAGCAAAGCACGAGUACAUGUGGAACAACGUCUCCAUCAGCGAAGUCACGGACCGCGACGUCGACGUGAUCUACAUUGAACGCACCAACACCGUCAGGAGCCUCCGCGACCAGCUUCAGAUGCUCUUCGAGUCGGGCCACGACGACGGCGGGUUCCCGAUCCUGAAGCCGACCAGAGACGGCAGCGGCACACGGAUGGUCGGGUACAUCGGCGCGAGCGAGCUCGAGCACGCUUUAUCCAUCGUCGCGGACGACGCGGACGAGCCCGUGCAGUUCCACGCGUCGUCGACGUACGAGCACCAGAUGGCCGCCUCGUUCUCGUCGUCGUUCUUCGGCGACGUCCAGGCGGAGGCGGACCUGUUCGACUUCAGCGUGUACAUGGACCAGGCGCCGCUCACGAUCCAGUCGAACGCGCCGAUGGAGCUGCUGCAUCAGCAUUUUGCGAAGCUCGGCGCCAAGUACGUUGUUGUCACGGAUGUCGAUGGGGAUUACGAGGGCGUCAUCGAUAAGAAGACGUGGCUCGCGUUCUUGAGCGAGCUCGAGGAGAAGUCGUAG